AAUGACGCAAAUGACCAAGUUGAUGCCGAUUCAGAGGGUCAUACAAUUGAAGGAGAACCAGUUGGUGACUUUGUUCCUGCGCCCCGAAAGGAAGUCCGCAAGAAAACCAUAGGGCUUGGCUUAGAGAAGAUGAUAAAGAGAGGAAACAAGCUGCCUAUCCAAGUGGCUGAAGGGAAGAAAAGACCUGAUGUCCCACUUCAAGCAGCGAAGCUGGCAUCAGAAACUGGUGUAGCUCUUAGAGACAAGCUGCCUAUCUACACAUCUUGGAAGCUUUAUGAAAAAGAUGGGGGGCCAGUAGAAGUACAAAAAGUGCUUGAUAAAGUGGCGAAUAGGUUGGAUGUGGAUGUUAAGAAUGAUGGACCAAGCAAAUCUGCAUGCACUGAUAUCAUUAAGAAGGGAGUAAAGCAGCAGAGGUAUCACCUAAAAAGGAAGUACUUCGACGAGUCCCUCACAAUGGAACAGCUGUUGGCCAAAGAACCUCCACCUAAAAUGAAGACAGAGGAGUGGAUCGAGCUCGUAAAGUACUGGUGUGACCCAAAGAAUCAGGUCCAUGGCCUGCAUCACUGCUUUUGUUAACAUGCAAUCAAACUA